AUGGAUUCACCAAGACUCUGGACAGGUCUCGCUGGGCUGAUCACCUACCUCAUCGUGAUUAGCGUUUAUCGGCUCUUCUCUCAUCCAUUGAGAAACAUACCGGGUCCUAAGUUAGCAGCGGUCACCCACCUCUAUGAGUGGUACUAUGAUUUAUUUUUGGGAGGGAAGUACCUCUUCGAGAUCGAGAGAAUGCACGAGAGAUACGGACCCAUUGUGCGGAUCAACCCUCCAGAGAUCCACAUCAAUGACCCGAAGUAUUACGACGAAAUCUACGCAUCGGGCACCCACAGGCGGAAUAAGGAUGCAGAGUUUGUUUCAUUCACGGGCCUGCUCCUCUCCAGCGCCUCGACAACAGACCAUGACCUCCACCGCUAUCGUCGUGGCCUCAUGAACAACUUCUUCUCUAAGAAGUCUGUCCGUGGAAUAUCCUACUUUGUCGAAGAGAAGGUCCACAAUCUUAUGCAGCGCUUUGAAGCCUUUUACCGGUGUAAUAAAGUAGUCCGACUCGAUGAUGCCUUUGCAGCUAUGACCUCUGAUGUCAUCACUCAUUACUGCUAUGGAAAAAGUUGGGACUAUCUGGAUUACGCGAAUCUGCGCACAGACGUCCGCAAGGCCGUUCGUGAUCUAACUUGUAGUGUCCAUUUCAAUCGCAUUUUCCCGAUUUUCCUUGCCGUGCUUAAAAAGCUACCGCUUCGGUGGUUGUAUGCGAUUCAUCCUGGAAGAUCGGUUGUGCUGGAUAUCCAGAAGACAAUCUAUGAGCAGUCAGCUGAAGCUAUCCAUGGGGAUAAAUAUAAAAUCGGCCACAAUGAUGCCGUUGACAAACAUAAAACCAUCUACGACCAGCUGACGGAUCCCAGCAUUCCGGCUGAAGAACGGUCGCUUCAGCGUCUGCAGGAUGAAGGUCUUCUGCUUAUCAGUGUUGGUACAGAGACAACGGCUAGAGCGUUGACAACGGCCUGCUUCCAUAUCGCAUCAGAUGAUCAACUGCGCACUCGACUGCGAGAGGAGCUGAGGACCGUCCUGCCGACGCCUACCAGUUCUGUUACCUGGUCCGAGUUGGAAAAGUUGCCUUAUUUAGUAAAUCCUCUCUGGCAUUGGAAUUUCUCCAACAUUACUAACACUACUCCACAGACUGGCACAGUUAACGAAUCCCUCCGUCUCGGCGGCUUCCUCACAACCCGAUCCCCUCGCAUAGCACCAGACGAACCCCUAACCUACAAAGAAUACACCAUCCCGCCAAGCGUAAGCAAGCCCCUUACCCCCAAACAACACACCACUAACAGAAUCCCCCAGACCCCAGUCAGCUCGUCCAGUUACUUCGGCCACAAAAACCCAAAUAUCUUCCCGGAGCCGGAAAAGUUCUCCCCAGAACGAUGGAUCUCCGCCGGCCGAAACAACGACCACCUUUUCAAAUACAUUACGUCCUUCUCCCGCGGCAGUCGGAUAUGUGCAGGCAUGAACCUCGCAUUUCUCGAGCUCUAUAUGACUCUGGCGUACUUUGUACGUCGGUUUGAUGUUGAGUUGGUCGAUACGACUGUGGAGGAUAUGAAGAUAGUAAGGGAUAUGAGGGUUGGGUUUACGCAUCGGGGUGAGCCGACUGUUUAUGGGAGGAUUGUGAGGGUUUAUGAGGAUUGA